UGUACUUAGGCAGACUUACUGCAAGCCUGGCGCCGAAAUCUGCACUUGCUCACUGCAAUAUUCCAUAUGUCCACGCCUGAUUUAUUCUCAUUCCUCGAUGGGGCGCCUUCUGUGGAUGAGGACAAAGAUGAAAUUGUCCGUGAACCGCGUCACGUUGACAAGAAAAUAAAGCGUCGUGCAAGCACGGAUCCUCCGGGUGAUCACGCUUCUGGCAGUUGUGCUUCCAAGAAACCCCGUGUAUCAUCACCUGUACCAGUUGUCGUAGAUGAGUUUGAGACCGAGGCCAAACGUGAAAUGGCCGCAAGUGGAGGGCUCACGGGGUCAGUCGAAGCUGGUUCGCGGCUGGAACUGAGACAUCAGGUCCGCCACCAAGUUGCCAUACCACCAGGAUAUCACUAUGUGCCUAUCGCGCAACAUGUCCCUCCCCAAAAACCGGCAAGGGAAUACAAGUUCACUCUCGAUCCAUUUCAGCAAGUCUCGAAUAAACAACGUGUUAUUUACACUAGUCCGAUCAAGGCUUUGAGUAAUCAAAAGUAUCGUGAGAUGCUCGCAGAAUUCGGGGACGUUGGUCUUAUGACCGGAGAUGUAACUAUAAAUCCUUCCGCGACAUGCCUUGUAAUGACCACAGAGAUCUUACGGUCGAUGCUCUAUCGAGGGUCCGAGAUAAUGCGUGAAGUUGCAUGGGUAAUCUUUGACGAAAUUCACUACAUGCGAGACAAAGAGCGUGGGGUCGUCUGGGAGGAAACUAUCAUCCUGCUUCCCCACACGGUUCGCUACGUUUUUCUUUCCGCCACUAUACCGAACGCUAUGCAAUUCGCUGAGUGGAUCUGUAAAUCCCAUGAUCAACCGUGUCAUGUUGUCUAUACCGACUUCCGUCCAACACCGUUGCAACACUAUCUAUUUCCUGCAGGAGGCGAAGGUAUCUAUCUUGUCGUCAAUGAAAAAGGAGAAUUUCGUGAAGACAAUUUCAGCAAAGCGAUGGGUACACUUCAAGACAAAACCGGGGAGGACCCUGCCGACCCGCGCAGCGGAAAAGGUCGUAAAGGCAAGACGAAAAAAGGAGGCGAAAAGAAAGGACAAUCCGAUAUUUCCAAAAUCAUCAAAAUGAUCAUGCUCAAGAACUAUAAUCCUGUCAUUGUUUUCGCUUUCAGCAAGCGAGAGUGCGAGGCUCUUGCGCUUACUAUGUCUAAAUUCGAAUUCAAUUCCACAGAUGAACAGGAACUUGAUCGGAAUCUCUCCCAAAUAUCCAAUAUCCUUCCGUUGCUCAAGCGGGGUAUUGGGAUACAUCAUGGCGGCUUGCUACCUAUUCUCAAGGAAGUCAUUGAGAUCCUCUUCCAAGAAGGCCUUAUAAAGGUUCUAUUUGCCACGGAGACCUUUUCUAUUGGACUCAAUAUGCCUGCGAAAACAGUAGUCUUUACUGCCGCCCGCAAAUUCGAUGGAAGAGAAUUCCGAAACCUUUCUUCAGGAGAGUACAUUCAAAUGUCUGGCCGUGCAGGUAGACGUGGUCUUGACGAUCGAGGCGUUGUCAUCAUGAUGUGCGACGAAAAGCUAGAGCCAUCAGCCGCCAAAGACAUGAUCAAGGGAGAGGCUGACCGGCUAGAUUCUGCCUUCCACCUCGGUUAUAACAUGAUUUUGAACUUACUCAAGGUUGAAGGCAUUAGCCCUGAGUACAUGCUCGAGCGAUGCUUUUUCCAGUUCCAGAGCAGCGCUGGGAUUCCUGUCCUGGAAGAUGGAGGAAAAACGGCGAGACGCUAUCGCUAUUCCGACGAAAACAUCGUUGCUACCUAUUACGAUUAUCGUCAACAACUAGAUCGCAUGGCAGCGGAUUUUCGCGAAGUAAUUACCCAUCCCAACUAUUCGCUUCCGUUCCUGCAACCCGGUCGCUUGAUCAAGGUGAAGUAUAAAGACCUUGACUUUGGGGGGAUACUCCCUUGUUUCCCUGGCAAUAAAGGCUCGCCGCUCGUAGUGCCCAUUUUCCUUUCAACCGUAGACGCGAUCAGCCACAUCCGUGUUUUUCUACCAAAAGAUCUUCGACAAGAUCAAGCGCGGGAUACUGUCUGGAAGAGCGUUCUCGAAGUGCAACGCAGAUUUCCGGAUGGCAUUGCCCUUCUCGAUCCUGUGCAAAACAUGGACAUCAAAGACGAAAAGUUCACAGCCCUGGUCAAUAAAAUUGACGUCAUGGAGCAAAGAAUGUUCUCAAAUCCAUUGCACAAUGAUCCUCGUCUCCCAGAACUAUACACACUAUACGCUCAAAAGCAGGAGGCGCAAACGAAGAUACGAGAUCUGAAGAAGCGUAUUAUGGCAACCCACGAUGUGUUGCAACUCGAGGAGUUGAAAUACCGGGAAACGAGUACUCCCACUGGGGAUGAGCUUCUUCUUACUGAACUUAUCUUCAAUGGCGUUUUCAACUCCCUACUCCCUGAGCAAUGUGCCAGUCUACUUAGCUGCUUUGUUUUCACAGAAAAGAGUGAACAUGUGACCAAGCUCACGGAAGAGUUAGCAGCGCCAUUACGUGUCAUGCAAGAAAUCGCGCGCCGAAUAGCAAAGGUGUCGCAGGAAUCAAAAUUACCAUUGGUUGAGGAAGAAUAUGUUGCGUCUUUCAAAGUCGAAUUAAUGGACGCCGUUUUCCAGUGGUGUAGAGGAGCUUCGUUUUCUGACAUUUGCAAAUUGACCGAUCAAUUCGAGGGAAACCUGAUACGCGUCUUCAGGCGCCUUGGUGAAUUACUUCGUCAAAUGGCUCAGGCCGCCCAAGUCAUUGGCAACUUGGAACUCCAGGAAAAAUUUCAGAAGGCAUCUGAGAUGCUAGAACGCCCUAAUUCCGUUAUUUUUUGUUCUUCCCUGUACCUGUAGGAUCUAUGUUGGACCAACCCUCACUUUCCUCAGGAUGCGCAAUUUCAUGUACGUCUGUCAUGUUGAUGAGCCAGAACACUUGGAACAUAUAGCACCUACAUCCGCCGUCUGGCGUCAUAGUGACUCGGAGGGUUGCUAGAAAAUAUUUUUUCUCGCCAACCUACCAUCCAGAUCUCUGAAUAGAUAUAUGGUCAGGACUGGUCCAUGCCUAGUUCUGCAUUACAGAAGACUUCAAUAAAGUGUCCUUUGCUCGUUGUCUAUGACAGUGAGAUGCAGCACCCUCCGUAUUCUGGCUA